AUGGAUCUACAGCAACAUAUAAAACAUUAUCUUGAUAACAAUGAAUUUGCGAAAUGGAAUCUCUUAGGACUUUUACAAUAUUUGGCGACUAUUAUUAUAUAUACAAAUGAAGAUGUAGAUGAUAUUAUUUUAGUAUUCAAAGAUCAAUUGAAACUGCUAAGUGGACUUCAAAAUCUAACAAA